AUGAGGGCCGAAAGCUCAACACGGCAUCAUCAGGGUCGCAGGACGGUGAGCCGAGGUCUUUUUCGCGCCAACCAACAUACAAAAGCCCAAGGCAACCCUCCUUCGGCAGAAAUAGUGCGACAAACAGAAGACGUACAGACACUUCGCAAACGAAAACGUCUUCAGGAUUGCUCUCCUCGGCCGAACCGCAGAUGGGCAUUCCUCAGCGGUGGUCUCAAGGCUGGAUGUUCCAGCAAUAUGUACACUGAAGGGUGGGAAAUGGGACAGGAGGGGGGGGGGAGAAGACGGGUCUUCUCCUCUACGGGGGUCUGUAGAGGCCCCGUCAACAUCGUGGAAGCAGUAGCAAAGUGGGGCACAAGCUCUGAGGGGUCUUUUCGUCACUAUUCAGGGGUGCUAAUGUCGCAUCGAUUGGCUUGUGUAUGA